AAAGCGAUCCACGAACAUAUGCGGUAAUAGGAAGUGAAGUGGACAGAACACCGAACACGCCAGUGCGCGGGCGAUUAAAGGAGACUGCAGGAUAUUUUAAUAUCCGCCAGAGUUUAUCGUCUCUGAUAGCACAUCUCCAUUUAUCACUGCUCAAUUGUUUAGUUACCCACAUUCUUUCAGAAUCUUCUUUUAUGUUCAACAGAAGAAAGAAACUAAAUUUGAGGUUGGAAAGAUGUCACCAGAUGAAUUGGUCUACCUAGGCAUCCUUGCUGCAUCAAUACCUGUAGGAUUCCUCUUCCGCUACCUAAGUCCUCCAGUCAAGCAGGGGGCAGCAUUGCUGUUAGGUUUGAUCAUCUCCAUAACAACCUGUGGGCUCCACACUCUCCAUUCUCUAUGUACAGUGUUAGGAACAUGGCUUAUUAUAAAAAUCAACUGGCGAAGUGCCCCUGCUCUGUCUUUGGGUUGGACGUUUCUGUACCUCCUCUUUUUCCGUCUGGUCACCUGGUUUGGCCUCCCUCAGCCAACACCUUUUGCCAAUGCCAUUCAACUUCUGUUAACACUGAAGAUGGUCAGUUUAGCCAAUGAGAUUCAAAGUUAUCACUUGGAGAAGAAAAAAGAAGUGAGCGCCUUCACCAAAUCCCCAGUGGUGGGAGGACUUUCCCAUGAGCCUUCACUUUAUGAUAUUAUAUCCUACAGCUACUGCUAUGUGGGCAUAAUGACAGGUCCCUUCUUCCGUUAUCAGACGUAUGCAGACUGGUUGCAUCAGUCUAAUUCUCUGUCAUUGCCGGGUAAAGAGCCCUGCCUGCAGAGGCUGAAGAUGGUGCCCGUUUAUGGAGCUCUCUUCAUAGCCGUCAACUCUGUCUUUCCCUUGUCAUAUGUCCGUACUGAUGAAUUCCUGGAGCACAACUAUUUUUACAGGCUUUUCUACAUGGUAGCAAUAUUCUUUGUAUUCCGGAUGCGUUUCUACUCUGCGUGGUGUGGGGCAGAGGCUGGCUGCAUCAGUGCAGGUCUAGGCUGUUACCCCCAUGGGGCGCUUUCUAAACCUGGAGGAGGGCCAACGGUGAAAUAUAGUCCUGAUCCAAACACAGCUGUGGAGUAUGACUUUAAAACGAUCCAGAACAUUGACUGUUAUAAUACAGAUUUCUGCGUAAAGGUUCGGCAUGGCAUGCGCUACUGGAACAUGACGGUGCAGUGGUGGCUUCACAACUACAUCUACCCCAAUACUCCUUUCAGAGCGUAUGCUCUCAGGGCUGGAUGGACUAUGUUAAUCAGUGCUUAUUGGCAUGGCCUCCAUGCUGGUUACUACCUCUCUUUUCUCACUAUCCCAUUGUGUAUAGCAGCAGAAUCAGCCAUGGAGGCAUCAGUCAGAGCCCGUCUAGGGCCGAUGGGCCAGAAUAUCUUCGACUGGAUCCACUGGUUCCUCAAGAUGAGGGCUUACGACUACAUGUGCAUGGGAUUUGUUCUCUUGAAGGCCAGCGACACCAUCAACUACUGGAGCUCCAUAUACUUCAUAAUUCACAUCAUUGCUGUUAUUUGUAUAGGAGUAGGACAAAUGAUGAAAGGAGGUAAAAAGAGAGAGAGAAGGGAACGAGGUGAAGGAGAGAAAGAGGAUGUGGUAAGAGAGAAGGCUGAGUGAAACGAAUGUGUGACAUGCUGAUCGUGGUGAUAACCGGAGAGUUUGUAUGUUUACGCAAAACCAUUUCCCAACAUGAACUGUAAUAGCCAUCAACUGCCAUUAAAGGUAUUGUGUUAAAAAAAAAA